AUGGACCCGUCCAACUCUCAUUCGAUGAGCAAGAGCUCACCCACAGCCUUACGCAGCUUGAUUUGGGAAGGAUCGAUUCCGAUUUCUUUCAUACUGGAUCCAAGUGAACUACCGCCCGGGUCGGAUCGAGGGGUUGAGGCGUUUUACACCUCGGCUCCUAGGAUGUCCUACUUGAGCUUGCUAGUUCCAAUCGUCAAGAACAAUCUGAUCGGCCUUUGUUUGGAUGAUAACUCUCUAUUUACACUGAAGGAGGACAAUAUUUGGUUUGAGCAUGCGCCAAGUAAAGUUGCUUUAAAAUGGCACUGGCCGAUUGGAUUGAUUUAUGAUACCCUCCUAGCAUCACUACCUUCAUCAUCCUUAGGACUACCACUUCAAGUGACGGUGCACCUUAAUCCUGUCCCAGCUGACAAAGGAUUGCUACCGAAUAAUGUUUCGGUUUGUAGGGAGGCAUUUAUGAGUCAGGUCAAGGAAGCAGAUUUUGUGAGAUGGGGCAGCACUAGAAGGGUGACCAACUUGAGACAAAGAGAAGCAGAAUCGCUAUGGGAAGGAUUGGUAGAACACGACUUCGACAAGUUUUGGCUCGUUGCCAGUAAACUGAUACCCAUCCCCCCGUCACCAUCAAGUCUCCACUCGGUACCUAUGGCACAGGCGCAGCCUACAAACUCAUCGAUUGAUCGCAUGCCGGACGGAAAUGGUGUGCGAAAUGUGCCUUUGAGAGUUUAUCUUCCCGACAGCAUCCCAGUUAUACAAGCUCAAUCAGGUCCAUUGGAUCAGAACGGACGACGUGUUACACUGGGAGCCGCUCUAGUUGACCUCGCGCCCUCGCUGUUCCCUGAACCAACGUCGACGUCAAAGCGACGCCUUGCGAGAGCUUUUAUACACGGCGUUCAAGUGCCCCUAGAAACUGAACUCGGCUGGCUUGGGGCGGUAAUGUGCUGUGCCGAUGGCUGGGUUGCUGUAGUCAUCCAUCUAGGUCGGUAG